CACACACACAGAAGACAGAAGGAGACUCGGCUCUCCGGCAGCUGGAUGGCGAUAUGACACGCACGUGAACUCCCCACCACUACUGACCGAACCCCGUCCUCCGUGGACGCCGGUACCGCUGCCCUGGUGUCGUGACAGCUGCCCGGAACCUUUUUUUUUUUUUUUUUUGAAUGACUUCUUACCGGCACUUGCGCACCCACCCGCAACAAUGAUGGAGUCCAUUUUAGACACUUUGACAGCGGACAAACUCUACUCGUCCGGAGGCACCAACCUGUUGGACCUGGAGGAACUCAACGACGGAGAUUUCCUCACCAACGUGCCCUUCUCAGGAGACCAGAUGGACGACUUCAGCAGUGAAUUAUUCAGCAGUUUCUUUGAGGACCACCUGUUAGAGCGCCCCAUGCUGGCCGACAGGCAUUCCCUCCUACACAUGGACAUGGACAGCAGCCCAGACAUCCAAGCAGAGCACAGCUAUUCUUUGAGUGAAGACUCCGCCCCUCAGAGCCCCGCCCUGUCAGUCAAGAUGGACGAAGACUCUGAGUUUGAAUGGAACUUCAGUCAGGACCUGUCUGCCAUUUUAGUGAAACAGGAGGAGCCUGACUUGGGUCAGAGGUCAGAUCCGCAGCCUGUUGAAGGCCCAGCUUUUAUCCUAAGCCCCGCCCCUCCGCGAAAAACAUCACCAUGGAGACACACAGUGCGCAGUCCGGACGACGUCAAGCCCGUGGCAAUCAAAGACGAACCUAAAGAGAUGGGACAGUACCUCAGCCUGCCCAGUGAUGACGCCCUCCAGCUGCCACCCACCCCGCCAAGCAGUAACCACGGCGACAGUGAUGGUUCCCUACCGCCCUCUUCUCCACUCCUCCCUCUGCCUCCGUCUUCCCCGCAGCCCCAACAGAGACCAGCGGGUCGUGGCUCCUUGUCCUCCUCCUCAUCUACAGCCAUCUCGUCUUCCCCUCUCCUAACCGCACCGCACAAGCUGCAGGGUUCCGGACCCCUCAUGCUGACGGAGGAAGAAAAGCGAACUCUGGUCGCUGAGGGAUAUCCUGUACCCAACAAACUUCCUCUCACUAAGAGUGAAGAGAAGGCGCUGAAGAGAGUCAGACGGAAGAUAAAAAAUAAGAUCUCAGCUCAGGAGAGUCGGAGGAAGAAGAAAGAGUAUGUGGAAUGUCUGGAGAAAAAGGUGGAUAACUAUACGUCGGAAAAUGGUGACCUGUGGAGAAAAGUGGAAAACCUGGAGACUGCGAACAGGACCCUCCUACAGCAGCUUCAGAAACUCCAGUCGCUUAUUUCAGGGAAGGUUGUCCCACGCUCUUGUAAAAUGGCCUCAACUCAAACAGGGACGUGCCUGAUGAUGAUGGCCUUGUGUUUUGUCCUGGUUUUGGGCUCCUUCUCUCCUCGCCUCUCCUCCCUCUCCUUCAUAACUGAUGCCACAUCCUCCUCCAUACAAGCCCCUUCCCCUCCCUCGACCCAGUCAGAGGACCUAUACACCACCACUCAGGUCCGAUCCCGUAGCCUCCUCUUCUUCGAUGGAGGAUCUCCACUAGAAGAUGCACCAAAGACAUUACUAGCGGAGAGGAUAGAGUCACAAAGUAGCUUUCAGACGAGCCGCUACACAGCUGACGCUCACAGGAACAACACGAGCGGGCCCAACUUGGACCACAGAGAAACGAAACCAAAGGAGGUUUCAGAAUUCUUCUGACAGACAACCUGCAGCAUCAUUCCCGUCACAUCCCAGAAGAUACCGACUGCAAUAGCCGCCCCCUCAAACUUCAUGGCAGCCACCCCUUACACAAAGUUUACCUGCCUGUAUUUAUUAUGAUAAUGUAACUUUGAGUUGAAGUGAAUGACAUCAUAGAUCUCAUUCAUGCAAGCACGUAUGGACCUCCACUGUUUUUUUUAUUUCAACUUGUGCAUUCCACUGACACCCACCAAUUUGUUUUAAACGAGGCAUGUUGGUGUCCUACACAGGAGUGCCUUCCAUUUGCAUUUGUUCACUUGGCCUUAAAUAAAAGGCUUAGGGAGACAACCAAAUAACCCCUCAAAGGAUUAGAGCAUUUUAACAGACCAGUUCAUCUAUGUGUGAGGUCUAAAAAACUUGAAUUUAAAAAAUUACAACCAUAUUUUCAUAUUAGAGAUAUCUGACAGACGGUGGGAAACGUGACAUAUAUGUAUUUUUAUGGAGUUCAAAAAUGUAUAUAUAAUAUAUUUGCAGCAUCAAAAUCAAGCAUAUUUAAGUUAUGCAACAAAAAAAAUACAUGUACUGAUUUUAACAAUAGUUUGUAUCGUUUUGUUUUUUUAAAUAAUAUAAAAGAGACAAAAAUGGGAUCAGUUUGUAAUAUAUCGCAAGCAUAAAAAAGAGCUAAUUUGCUUUUUUGUUGCAUAAAACAAUGACAUGUUGUGUGGACCAUUGGUGGUGUGUAAUUCAGGUGCUGUUUUGUGAGCGUCAAACUGGGGGGUUAGUGUCGUUUUCCCCCGAAUUCUUUUUUAUCGCACAAAAAAUAUACUUAACAGGUCGCAGAAAAAGAAAAUUUGGUGAUGUAAAUCAGAUCGCAUUGAAAAUAUAGAACUCCUGUGAAUGUGAUAAGAGACAAUGGAAAAUAAAGUCAACCCGAUAAUCGUACAUUGCGGAUAUCACCCAGAGCCCAGUUUAACACCAGAUCAUCCUACAAAAAUGGACAGAAAACCGAAGCAAACAAAUUACAAAGAAUGUAAACCUAGUUCAUAGAUGUUAGUUUCCUUUAAUGCCAAACAAACACAUACCAAUCGUUGGUUAGAAGGCGAUCGCCGAAUGCGUCCUCACUUCCUCCCAUGUUGCUGUCUGUCGUGUCGUUUUCGUCGGUUUCGCUUGCAUACGGUUCAAACCGACACGGCUCAGUAGCUUCAGUUUCUUCUUCAAUUUCGUUUUCGCUACCUGCCUCCACACUACAACCAUCCGUUUCAAUACAUGUGUAAUCUGGUGAAUCGCUUAAGCCGCUGAAAUCCGAGUCUGAAUCCGAGCUAAUGUCGCCAUACCUUUCUGUGCUAUCCGCCAUGUUUGUUUCUGGUGGUUUCACGCAGUGACGUCACAGGAAAAUGGACGGGUGGAUACAACGACGGUUAAAAUCAGGCACCUUGAAACUGUUUUUAGGGAUAUAGCAUGAUGGGUAAAAUUAUGAAAACAAAUUCAAAAAAUAAAAUAAGCCACUAGGAACUGAUUUUUAUUGGUUUUAACCCUUCUGAAAUUGUGAUUGUUCCCCUUUAAAAUGAAAGCCACAUUGAAGUCAGGGCAAAAGUAUUCAACCCAGAUUUCCACAACCUAACUAGAUUGUGACAUUUAAGUCUAAUGUCAAAUAUUCUUGUGCGACUAAUGUAUCUUCUAUUUAUUUCUGUCUGUAGCAAGAGCAUCUCAAUUGAUGAAUUACGAAAAAAAAACCCUACUCCAGGUGGGAGAUAAUUUUCUCCACCAUUGCUUUGAUCAUCCAUCCAUUUUCUACCACUUGUCCCUCUCGAGGGUAAGAAUAAAUGUAAACAUUUCAGUGCGCUCUAAAGUCCUUUCGCCCCCAAACACCACAAUGAUUGUUGGGAUUGAAAUUUGGUUUGGUCUAGUCACAACAUGUCCUCUUGUCCCGGGUCCCUCAGCAGUGUCCAUAAAUCCGUGUACAUAAAGUAUAGAUCAUGUGCUGUUGUAAAUAUGAGCCCAAGUGGUGGUUUAGGGAGAUGGAUGGAGAGGUUGGGUCGCUUUUCCCAAAACUUGGGCAACAAUGAAGCUAAAUAUUUGAGACAGCGGGCUCACAAAUGCUUGAGGAGAAAAUCAAUCAAGCAAUCUCCACAAAAGAUUGUUGUUGUUUGGGUUUGCUGUACAGCGUCUUGCAUGUUCUACCUUAUACUCCUAUGUUAUCGUAGUCUAGUCCGUAGAGUAGAAACCAGCAAAAUAUUAAAAAUCUGCAUCAGCA